AUGUAUACCACGUAUUUUCUUAAAUAUAUUCGACCAAAUCUAUCUAUCUACCUAUCUAUCUAUCUAUUUACAUUGAACAAAAUAUCUAUUUUUUUUCUCUUCCUCUCUUCUUCAUUCUCUUUAAUUUCCACCCUCUCUAUACGUUCCAUUCUCACCCUCUUUUCUAUAUUCCUCUUUUUUUCCUUAUCUUUUUCCUCCACGCAUUCUUUUUCACUUACUCUGGAUUCUGAAGGCAUUGAAUUGAAUAAUUCAAUUCGUGAUAUAUCGGUUUGUUCCCAUCUAUCUAUCUAUCUAUCUAUCUAUCUAUCUAUCUAUCUCUGUUCAUCAUCUAUCUAUCUAUCUAUCUAUCUAUCUAUCUAUCUAUGUUCAUUAUCUAUCUAUCUAUCUAUGUUCAUUAUCUAUCUAUCUAUCUAUCUAUCUAUCUAUCUCUGUUCAUAUCUAUCUAUUUAUCUAUUUAUCUAUCUAUCUCUGUUCAUAUCUAUCUAUUUGUCUAUCUCUGUUCAUAUCUAUCUAUCUAUCUAUCUAUCUAUCUAUCUAUCUAUCUAUCUAUCUAUCUAUCUCUGUUCAUUAUCUAUCUAUCUAUCUAUCUAUCUAUCUAUCUAUCUAUCUAUCUAUCUCUGUUCAUUAUCUAUCUAUCUAUCUAUCUAUCUAUCUAUCUAUCUAUCUAUCUAUCUAUCUAUCUAUCUAUCUCUGUUCAUUAUCUAUCUAUCUAUCUAUCUAUCUAUCUAUCUAUCUAUCUAUCUAUCUAUCUAUCUCUGUUCAUAUCUAUUUAUCUAUCUAUCUCUGUUCAUAUCUAUCUAUCUAUCUAUCUAUCUAUCUAUCUCACGGUCAUCAAAACAUCGUCUUUCCCCCUCGCCCAAAUGUUUAUGUUUUAAAACCUCUCUCUCUCUCUCUCUCUCUCUCUAUCUAUCUAUCUAUCUGUAUAAGAUUGUUCUUUUACUUUUUUCCCACUUAUUGCUUUUUCAUAAAACCUUUGUUUCUUUCUGUCUUUCUUUCUUUCUAUCUUUCUUUCUUUCUUUGUCUUUUUCCUUCGUUUAG